CCCCCGUCUAGAUUUAAAGCGCGGCUGCGCCCGGCUUCUGACGUCCAUUGAAUCGCGCGGGCGGCCGGCGGCGAGCGCGGGGCUGCACCGGGAUCGCUGCGCCCUCCGCCGCUCGCCUCUGCGACGCGCGCCGCUCGCCGCGCUCGCCUCCAGCCUCUGCGCCCGCUGCCCGCGCCCUGCGCUCCUAGCCCGGCGCCUGCCCCCAGGAUGGUCUGUCCCAGGCACCAGCCCGGCGGGCUUUGCCUCCUGCUGCUGCUGCUCUGCCAGUUCAUGGAGGACCGCAGCGCCCAGGCUGGGAAUUGCUGGCUCCGCCAGGCAAAGAACGGCCGCUGCCAAGUACUGUACAAGACGGAACUGAGCAAGGAGGAGUGCUGCAGCACCGGCCGCUUGAGCACCUCGUGGACCGAGGAGGAUGUCAAUGACAACACUCUCUUCAAGUGGAUGAUCUUCAAUGGGGGCGCCCCCAACUGCAUCCCCUGCAAAGAAACAUGCGAAAAUGUGGACUGUGGGCCCGGGAAAAAAUGCCGAAUGAACAAAAAGAACAAGCCUCGCUGUGUCUGUGCCCCUGACUGUUCCAAUAUCACCUGGAAGGGCCCAGUCUGUGGGCUAGAUGGGAAAACCUACCGCAAUGAAUGUGCACUCCUCAAAGCCAGAUGUAAGGAGCAGCCAGAGCUGGAAGUCCAGUAUCAGGGCAAAUGUAAAAAGACCUGUAGGGAUGUGUCCUGUCCAGGCAGCUCUACGUGUGUGGUGGACCAGACCAAUAAUGCCUACUGUGUGACAUGUAACCGGAUUUGCCCGGAGCCCACUUCUUCUGAACAGUAUCUCUGUGGGAAUGAUGGUGUGACCUACUCCAGCGCCUGCCACCUGAGAAAGGCUACCUGCCUGUUGGGCAGGUCCAUUGGAUUAGCCUACGAGGGAAAGUGUAUCAAAGCAAAGUCCUGUGAAGAUAUCCAGUGCACUGGUGGAAAAAAAUGUUUAUGGGAUUUCAAGGUUGGCAGAGGCCGGUGUUCCCUCUGUGAUGAGCUGUGUCCUGAGAGUAAGUCUGACGAGCCUGUCUGUGCCAGUGACAAUGCCACUUACGCCAGUGAGUGUGCCAUGAAGGAAGCUGCCUGCUCCUCAGGUGUGCUGCUCGAAGUGAAGCACUCCGGCUCUUGCAACUCCAUUUCAGAAGACACCGAGGAAGAGGAGGAAGAUGAAGACCAGGACUACAACUUUCCUAUAUCUUCCAUUCUAGAGUGGUAAACCUUCCACCAGUGUUCAGUGUUGAUAUAACAUUUG